AUGAAGCGACGACCACGAUCACUCUCCAAUGAGUGUGAUGACGAAAAAGAUAGAAGAACUACUGCCCAGAUUGAGAAAAUUAUAUUGAUACUGGUGUUAGUGGCGAUAGGCGCGGCCGUUGCUCCCCAGCCCACCGCCAAGACCCCCACAGCCAAGGCCCCCACCGCCAAGUCCCCUGCAGCCAAGAGUUCUGUCGGCAAGAAGAUCAGCAACAAGAACAGCAACCACACCAGCAAGCGAGAACUCUACGAGGGGAACUUUGGGGACAAGACGGUAUUGGGGGUCAAAUAUGCAGUGUUGAGUUCCACUCCAAGGACUGACUACUCUGAUGACCUGAAAAAAAUCAUUACAGAACAAACUUCAGAUGCUCAAAUCUUCGGAGUGCGGGUGCCCCAAAUUGCCAAGAUUUCAGACGUGCUGAGUGGACAGGGUGCCUCCUUUGAGGCGGCGGUCGCCAAACAUCUAUAUUCCCCGAUAUCCGUGUACCAGGCCAGGUUUGCAGCACCAACAUCGUUCAUACCUACACCUUCAGUCUACCAAAAGCCUAAACCGUUUGAACUUUCCAAUUCAAUUAGUAACCAAAAGACACCAGAAAAUGCACCAAAACAAGAGCAUCAACCAACUUUCCGACUGGAUGGAUACGUACAAUCCGGACUCCCUAGCGUACAGGGUCAACUCGGACUUCCUCAGGAGAUAUUCCAAACCCAGCCGUUAGCCGCUAAACAAGAACCAGAAUAUUUCCCGGUAUUGACCAGCCAGCAGUUUGGACCCAUCAAAUUCCAAAGUCUUUUACCGUCGCAAUUCUUACAGCAGAACAAAAUAUACCAGCUCCUUCCUUUCAAUUCUGGCUUCGCUUCUGGCUUCGCAAGCAAUCAGAAUGGAAUCAAUGAAAAGAGUUACUCUAAUGUAGACAGUGAGGAACAGGCUAAAUUGGCACCGACCCCAAGAUCCAUAGAGAACAACAUACCAGUGCCUACACAGGGAUAUCAUGCUCAUCCAAAUGGCGCUAUUAGUUUCUCAAGUUUCUCUCAAAAUUUACCAGUCAAUCCUCAGUACGAAUCUGUACCACAAUCACCACCUGGAAACUUUAACAACCAGCCAUUUGCAGUAGCGUUACCACAAUCACCGCAAUCCAUUGCAUACCAGCUGCAACCUCAACAACAGAAAAUAAUUCCACUGAAACAGAUCUCUCAAUACCCGCCAUUAUUAAGAAAAAUUGUACAAGAGCUUAACAAAUAUCAACCACACUUCCACCCAGAUUUAAUUAAUUUCAAACCUCAGGGUGACCCUAGGGCUUUAGAUAGUUUUCGUCAAAACGUCUUAGUGGAACAUCCUCGACAGCAACCUCAUCCUCAUUCUGAAUCACUUGGUUUGCAGCGGCUACCUGCAUUUAAACCGUUACCUCAAUCAGAACUGUCGCCUGAAGCAUAUUUCCACCACACAAGCCCAUCGCCAAUAGCAGCGGAACCAAAACCAUUUAAUAACAAUGAACAAUCCAAUCAAACUCCAAGCCAUGCUGUUCAACCAUUAGCACCGGUGUCACCACCGCGCGAGCACACUCCCUUGCCUCCUUUGAAGCCAAAUUAUAACAAACACGUGAAACCACUAAAGCAGCGAGGUCCUACUACACCAGAGUUCCUACCGACUACUGCACAACCACUGCCAUCGUCUUCUCCAUAUGAACAGCCCGAACCCGACCAACUUAUAGCAUCGACAACUAUACAACCUUAUGAUAAAUACAAUGAUAAUGAUAACGUAGAAUGGAAAGAAUCAGAUAGAGAUUCAGAUACAUAUAACAGAGAGUCAGAUAACGAAAACGGCCCCCAACCGGAUCCAAUAAUAUCAUCAACAUAUCAGCCUGAAGUUAUGAAAGAAUCUCGACCAGAGUUCUCGCAACCCUCUGGGCCGGAACCUGAAGAACAUUCCCUUUCAGUUCCGCAACCAAUAAAAUCAGAACCCACGCACGAUGUUGUCAUACAACAGCAGGAGGUGCAAGAGAUAGUACUUGAGCCAUCACCGCAACCUGAAGACCGUCAGCAGAAUCAGAUACGUAAUCAACCAGAACAGGAGGCUGAUCAGCUGCAGUCGCAGGAACACCAUCAAUUGCUGGAACAGAUGCAGCCACUACACUAUCAGCAAGAAAUACAGGAUUUACAAUCUCAGUAUCACGUGGAAGCACGUCAGUUGCAUGAGGUCCCGAAACAAUAUGCCAUUCAACAAAUAGGCAGUCAGCAAUAUCAGAUUCAACCAUAUGCGUAUCCGCUACAAUUCUAUCAACUCCAAGCUAAGCCGUUACAAGGCCCGCAAGCUGAACCUGAACAACCUCAACCACGGCAGCAGCAAGUAGAACAAACACAAUCGCCGCAAUACCAACAACACAGUAUAGAACCGAAAAGUGACGCCCAGCCUUCCCCGCCUACUACUGAAGAUUCUGAAGCACAGUACGAUCAAAAUGAGCAGGAUUCCGAUGACCGGUCGCAAGAUCAGUCAAAACGUCAACAAGCGGCAGCCAAACCUAUUGAACAAUACUUAGCGAAAUCUGGUCCUAACUACAGGCAUUCUUACGGACCAGUACUGUCCUCUCAUUUCCCACAUAUAUUUGCUCAGCCACAGCGGCUGGCCGAGGCCGACUAUGGCUCGCAACUGCUGAACCUGCCAAACUACCCAGAAGUGCAAUAUUUUGGCAAAUUCGCUCGAGAACUGUUUGGUAAUGGCCAACAUUAACACUAAAACGAUGACAUUGCAUUUUGUAUUGUAAAAUUUCGAAAUAGACUUUCGUGUAAGAUUGAAAUUAGUUUAAAGAGGAAUGCCAAAAACAUGUUUUUUUUUCAUUGUUUGCCAAAAAUUUGGCCUUUCAAUACUCCUGAAAUUGUUCUAAUAAGACAAAAUAAUGUGAUGAUAACUUCUGCCUGUAAAUAUGCUAAGUGUAGGCUAUGUACAUAAAAUGUAAGUAUUAUUGUUAUUUUACUGUUAUAGUUGGUGUGUGAAAGAGUGUGAUGUGACGCGAGCUCGACUGUGAUGCCAUAUGUGUAUGUCUGCUGAGA